CUCAGGUGAGCCUUGCAGACAGAGAUGCGCGUUAUGGAGCGCACUUUCCGGGAGCAGCUCUUCUUUCUGGUGUUGUGCUUGUCCGUCCUCAAGGGAGACUCCAGGUAUAUUGAGAACAACGAAAUCACAAAAGAUGAAUUAUAUUCAUUUUUCAACUCGGAACUCAAGAGAGAAAUGCCCGAAGAGUUGAUGUAUCGCCGACCUUUACGUUGUCUGGACAUGGUUGCAGUGGAGGGCCAGUUCACCUUCACAGCAGAGCGCCCUCAACUCAGCUGUGCCGCUUUCUUCAUGGCAGAGCCCAAUGAAGUGAUCAGUGUGGAUUAUGACAGCGUUGACAUUGACUGCACGGGAGGAGACUUCAUCACUGUGUUCGACGGCUGGGUGAUGAAAGGGGAAAAGUUUCCCAGCACCCACGAUCACCCACUGCCUUUGUUCGAGCGCUAUGUGGAUUACUGCGACUCUGGAUCGCUGAGGAAAAGCGUGCGCUCUUCUCAGAACGUGGCCAUGGUCUUCUUCCGCAUUCACAGUGCCGGCAGCAGCUUCACCCUGACAGUCAGGAAACACACCAACCCCUUUCCCUGCAAUGUCAUGUCACAGUCACCAGAGGGCAGUUACACAAUGGCGAUCCCACAGCAGCACAGAAACUGCAGCUUCUCCAUCAUAUAUCCAGUAGAGAUCAGCAUCUCAGAGUUCAGCCUGGGCCACUACAACCACCUCCCCAAGAGAUCCAUGCCUGGAUGUGCAGAAUCAGGAGACUUUGUACAGCUGCUGGGGGGAAACGGCAUUGAUACAUCAAAGCUGCUUCCCAUUACUGACCUCUGCAUCGCUUUCACUGGACCAACUCACAUGAAGAUUGGCUGUGAUAACACUGUGGUGAGGAUGGUGUCCAGUGGGAAGUUUGUCAACCGCGUGUCUUUCAGCUACAGGCUAUUAGACAGCCAGGAGCUACAGACGAUCAAACUCAACAACGUGGAAGAUUUCUGUUUCAAUAACUGAUCCUAACAGGAUCUUAUGUGACAAAUGUAGCAUUUGACUGCAAAUGUUUUUAAAAUGGCUUUAAGU